UUUUCCCACCCGGGGAGGGGGCCGGGUGCGAGGCUGCUGGCUCCCCACGCGCUGCCGCAGCCCGGGGAGGUGGAGCAGCCCACGGAGGGCUGAGUCCCCGCUGCUGCCGCCGCCGCUCACGCAGCGCUCGGCUGCGUCUCGGACCGCCGGCUCCGCUGCGGCAGCCCAGCGGCUCCGCGUUCCUCCCCCCCCUCCCCAAUCCCACGCCGCAGGGCCGCCAGAGCAUCCGCAUCCCGCCCCCUCGGCUGGGGUGGCGAGCCAGGAGCCGGGCAGGGAAGCAGGGCGCCCCAGGGGGCCGGGAGACCCCUCCGGGGCAGGGCAGGCCCCCCCUCGCCAAACCGGAGCGGGGGCAGGGGGGCAGCUCGGCCGCGGGAGCGUCAUCGUGGCGCGGGAAUGGUGAGACCUGCGGGAGCAUCGCGGCGGUGCGGGAACAGCAAGAUCUGUGGGAGCAUCAUCGCGGCACGGGAACGGUGAGAUCUGCAGGAGCAUCGCGGUGGUGCGGGAACGGUGAGACCCACGGGAGCAUCGUCACGGCGUGGGAACGGUGAGACCCACGGGAGCAUCGCGGCGGUGCGGGAACGGUGAGACCCACGGGAGCAUCAUCACGGCGUGGGAACGGUGAGACCCACGGGAGCAUCGCAGCGGUGCGGGAACGGUGAGACCCACGGGAGCACCAUCACGGUGUGGGAACGGUGAGACCCAAGGGAGCAUCGCGGUGGUGCGGGAACAGUGAGACCCACGGGAGCAUCAUCACGACGUGGGAACGGUGAGACCCACGGGAGCAUCAUCAUGGCGUGGGAACGGUGAGACCCACGGGAGCAUCGCGGCGGUGCAGGAACGGUGAGACCUACAGGAGCAUCGCGGUGGUGCGGGAACGGUGAGACCCACGGGAGCAUCGCGGUGGUGCAGGAACCGUGAGACCCACGGGAGCAUCGCGGUGGCAGGCAACAGUGAGACCCACGGGAGCAUCGCGGCGGUGCAGGAACGGUGAGACCCACGGGAGCAUCGCGGCAGCAGGCAACGGUGAGACCCACGGGAGCUCCACCGCGGCACAGGAAUGGCGAGACCCGCUGGAGCACCGUAGCGGCGCGGGAAGGGCGAGACGCGCGGGAGCUUCACCGCGGCGCGGGAAGGGCGAGCGCCGCGGGGGCACCAUAGCGGCGGCGCGGGAAGGGCGAGCGCCGCGGGCGGCGGGGGAGCCCUCGGCGGAGGCGCCAUGCUGCCCUGGCGCCGCAGCAAGUUCGUGCUGGCGGAGAAGGAGCGCGAGGGCAAGGGGAAGAGCCUGGCGCCGGGGCUGGGCUACGCCUCGCUGCUGGCCAGCCUGAUGCGCGCCCGGCCCGACCUGCUGCCCGAGUGCCCGCUGGAGCGCCUGGGCAGCGUCUUCCGCAGCAAGCGGCGCACGGUGGAGCUCAACCGCGAGGAGCCCGUCUACACCGUGCGGUACCUGGGCAACGCCGCCACGCUGCACGCCAAGGGCGAGGGCUGCACCGACGAGGCGGUGGGCAAGAUCUGGGCCAGGAGCGACGGCGGCGGAGGCGGCACCAAGAUGAAGCUGACGCUGGGGCCGCACGGCAUCCGCCUGGCGCCCGGCGAGAAGGGCGCCCGGCGCCCGGGCCACGCGUACCUGUUGCACCGCAUCACCUACUGCGGCGCCGACGGGCGCCACCCCAAGCUCUUCGCCUGGGUCUACCGGCACCAGGCGAAGAACAAGGCGGUGGUGCUGCGGUGCCACGCGGCGCUGGCGCCCACGGCGGAGGCGGCGCGCGCCGUGGCCCGGCGCCUGGGCCAGGCCACCGCGGCGGCUCUCGACGAGUUCAAGCGGCGGCAGCGGCAGAGCGACGUGCGGCACGCGCGGCAGCAGCUCCUGGGCGCCGCCGCCGUGCCCGCCGUGCCCCUGCGCAAGCUGCUCAACGCCCCGCGCCCCUACGGCGCCCGCGGCGCCCCUCGCCUCGGCUCCAUCCUGGAGGAGGAGGAAGAGGAGGAGGAGGAGGAAGAAGGAGCCUUCGGCAAGGCGCCCGGCCGCCGGCAGCGGGCCGAGGUGCUGCGGCUGGCCGGGGAGCUGCGGGGCUGCAGCCUGCGGGCGCUGCCGGCCCCGGGGCGCUGAGCGCGGGGGCCUUCGGCGCUGGGCGCACGUCCUGCCCCCUCCUCCUC